AUGGCAUUAUGUGUUUGGGUAGCGAAGGUAUACAGAAACAAGCCAAGCGUAGCUGAAAUACUAUAUCCCAGUGACUCUUACAAAUUUUGGGAAGGAGCUGCAAAAAUAGCAAAGGAGACUGUGUAUCAAGCGAAGAAUGAAGACUGCACAUCAUUGGCACGGUGCUUCGUGUCAGGUCCUCUGCUUGGAAUGAUGAUCCAUCGAAUGGAAGACUAUAUCCAUCACAACCACAAAGAAAAGAGGAUAUUUUUAUAUUCAGGGAAGAACAGCAACGUCGCGGGACUCCUCAGCACUUUCGGAGCUUUCGACGGGCUGGAGCCCUUCUUCGGCUCCACGGUCGUGGUCGAGCUCCACGAGUUCGGCUGGGAGUACUACGUGAGGGUGCUGUACUUCCGUUCUUCGAAGCCGGACGUCCAGGUCAAGGCCCCGGAAGUGAUCACGUUGCAGGGCUGUUCGGAGUACUGCUCGUUCGAAAGGUUCCAGGAGCUGACCAGGCCGCUCAUCCCGGAGGACUGGGAGGAGGAAUGCGGGUUUUCACGAGCCAGUCCGGUGCACCCUGCGAUACUUCAUUUGAUGUUACUUUUGGUUUUCCUUCUGGUCAACUGA